AUGGCGUCUGCCAAUAAGAUUCGGUUGAAUGAAACAAAACCUUCUUCAUCAAAGAAGCAGGUUCACAAGUUCGUUUUGGACGACUAUGAUGCAACUUACAAGCUGGCGAUAAGAAUACUAAGAGGACUGUGUCUUAAAUUAACAGACGAAGAAGAAUCUAAAGCAUUUAGUACAAUUCGUAACAUGAUCUUCUGGUUCAUGAUGGUGAAUGUGUUGACAGCCGCGGUGCUGGAGAGCAUCUGUAUGAUGAUGACUGGCUCAGGAGGAACCCUCGUAGAGUUGUUUACUAUGAUGCCGUGUGUAGGCUAUCUGUUGGUGUCUACGUAUACUUGGGAAUAA